AUGGGUGCCGGGUCAUCCUCAUGGGAUCCGUUUUCUCUUUGCUCUGGUCCAGCAGCCCCGAACAGCCAUGUCAGCAAUCAAGUUGUUCAUCCGCAUGCGCACGAAUUUAUUGCAGAAGCUGACGAGGUUGAGGAGGCCAUGAUGCAGGAGGCCAUGUGCCAAAGCCUCCUCGCAAAUGAGCCCGAACAUGAAGACUUGAAAGCUGCUCUGAGCCAGAGUCUGCGGCCAAGCCCUCCGCCAGACCCUGGCCAUACAGAGGAGUCAUUACGAUUACAAGCGCUGCUCGAUGUCUUAGGCAUGAAGCGGCUAGAUGUCGGCUCCACAAAUCACAGCGAAGAGGGAACCCUUUUGAGCAAUCAGUGCUUCUACCUUGCAAUAGCCCGCAGCUGGCUUGCUUCCGUCGACAAUGGAAGCGGUAUGCUAGUCAGGGAUUCUGCCCUGCAGCUGAAGCGCGAGAUUGAGGCAUCUGUUUUUUGCGUGCGAGGAGAUGUGGGGGAGCUUGGGGAUGAGGCCGAAGCAUAUACAGAUUAUUUGUCUUGUGUGGUACAAGGGCAGAGCCCAGCCUCUGCCUCGGCGAUUACAGACUUGGCCAUCGCAAUCUUUGCAUCAAGCUUGGGUGGGAUAGAAGCCUACCAGGGAAAAGGCUACGGGGCCCUUCCUCGUGCACAGCAAGUUUCAAACUUGGCACUUGUUUGGCAUCGUCCUGGUCACUUCGAAGCUGUCGUGGCUGCGGACGGAGGCAAGAUGGACAUCAACCUGCAGGAGCUGAUUGACCUAGCCGAGAGUCAGAAUGUUGUUGCAGCAGUGGUCAAAGCAUGA